AUGAAUUACUGCGAGCGGAACUGCUUCAGCAUCCGGAACCCAUACAACUUGCCUGCUGAUGUGGUAGCUGACUUCCUCCAACGCUACCGCAAUGGCGACUUUGGUGAGGUUGACCUGUGUUCCGACAAAGUGGCCAGCCAGGCCAAAGACCUCCAGAAGAAGGGCGGCACUGAGCAGUGGAAGAAGUAUGUGCGGGAAAAGGGCUUCAAGAGCCUGGAUCCACUGAGCUAUCCAGAGAGCUUCGUGCAGGGCUUUAUUGAGCAGUUUGAUCCACAGGACCUGGAUGAAAAUGCGCCGCGUGGGCACGCCCUGUCUAGCAGGAGCAUACUCAACAGCGCUUUGGUGCGCUUGGGCUUUGCACGUGGAGAGGUCAGCUACCAAAUUGAGACGCGGGACACCAAGAACGCCAAGAAGAGGGCAAACCUGAGGCUGCCGGAUCGAGCGAUAGAGGUCCUGCCAAGCGCGAUGCCCCUGGAGUUUGCGGGUGAGUGGCAGCGAACCGAUGCGGUUGCGGAAGAAAGUGCCGCACAAGAAGCUGUGAGAGUUUUCAAAGCUUAUGGACUUUUGUGA